AUGUGCAGUGAGUAUGACAUCAUUGAUGAUCAAUUAUAUGAGACAUUUGUUGAUAAGGAUGUUGAAUUUGUUGGUCUUAACAAGGAGAUAGGGAAAGGGGUUAACAAAGGGAAAGGCGUUAAUAGUGAUAGAGGCACAACAAUGGAUGUUAAUAAUGAUUUUUAUGGUGAAGACUAUGACACUGAAGAGUUAUUAAGUCUUAGUGGUUCAUCAUCGGAUGACGAGGAAGGAGGAAAAUGUAAGAGACAGAGGGUGAAGUAUCCACAAUAUAAUGCAAAGUUUGAUAUGGUUGACCCACAAUUUAAGCUAGGUGUGUUGUUCAAAAUAGAUGUUAAAUUUAGGGUUGCAAUUAGGUAA